AUGAGCACAUGCGCCUGUCACAAAUGUCAACGCCAAUUCAUGACUAUAAAGAAGACCAGCAAGCUUGACUACUCUGGAUUCAAGUAUAGCAAUUGGGUGAGACGCACGAAGACAAUGAAUCUGGAACACGCUGUCAGCUGGGCAAAUGCAUUGAACAAUACUGAGCGAACAUGCCUAGAAAAAGAAAAUGGCACUCGGUGGUCAGAGCUUCAUCGGUUAUCUUACUUUGACCCAGUCCACUUUACAGUUAUAGACCUGAUGCAUAACCUCUAUCUUGGAACUGCAAAGCGAAUGAUUCAGAUAUGGCGCAAGUGUAACUACAUCAAUGAAAAGAAUCAGUUAACUAUGCAAGAGCUUGCCAAUGGUAUUGUUAUACCUUGUGGAUAUGCGCGUAUAACAAAGAAGAUUGCUGAUGGUUUUUCGUUCAUGAAAGCUGAUGAGUGGAAGUCAUGGUGCGUCAUAUACUCUCCAUUUGUUCUGAAGCAUGUGCUCCCAGCCAAGAAUCUUGAAAACUGGAUUUUGUUUGUUGACACAUACCGCUUACUCACAAAACCUUUGAUCAAUAACAAAGAAAUAGACGAAGCCCACAGUAAACUCCAAUUGUUUUGUACAAGAUUUCAGACACUGUAUGGAAAAUCGGCCGUGACACCAAAUAUGCAUCUACAUCUUCAUCUUGGGGACAGGGGGUUUUUGGAUGAUGGGGACAGGGUGUUACACAAGCUUAUAAAAUAUGAGACAAUACGGCAAAAUAUCCAAGCUUUAGCAUUCGAAUUAAGACAGAAAUCUAUCAAAAGCUAUGCAUCGUUUCUGUUUUACAUCUUUUAUAGUAAAAUUCACGUCUGUGAUUGGAUGAAGAUCUUAAUCAGAUUGCUUAUAAAUGCACAGACUUUGUACUCCAAAAAAUAA